UUCUAAUGUCACUUCAAAGCGUCUGGAAAUACGAGCUCCGGACUGAUAAAAAUUUAAAUUGUUUACAAAGACGAAAGCUCGUAGGAAUAUGGCGGAUCGGUCCAAUAACAACAAUAACCAUAACAACCACAACUACAACAACAACAACAACAACGGCAAUCAUAAUCAUGAAUAUCGCAAUUUCAAUAAUCGCAAUCGUAACUUUCGCACUCGGAAUCGUGAAGUGCCCACUGAACCGCCUUACAUUGCAUUUGUGGGCAAUCUGCCCAAGGGUUUAGUACAAGGCGAUGUGAUGAAGAUAUUCAAUGACUUUGAUGUGAAGAAUGUGCGAUUGAUCAAGGAUCGUGAGACGGAUGAGUUCAAGGGCUACGGCUAUGUGGAGUUCGAGACACUGGAUCAACUGAAGCGUGCUCUGUCCCGCAACGGACGCAUUAAGCUCGACAAUUUGUCGGCGCCGUUGCGCAUCGACAUCGCCGACAAUCGGCGGCAACACAGCGCUGGCGGAGGCAACAAUAAUGGCGGCGGUGGUGCUGCAUCUAGCAGCGGUGGCAACAAUAACAACAAUGAUAAUCAGCGACGCAACUAUCGGCAUCGUGAUAACAGUGUUGGCGCUCAGAGUUAUCAUGGACAAUUCUCACGCAAGCAACACAGUCCUAACAACAACAACAACUCGAACUAUCACAUGGAUCGUAAUUCAGGUCAGGGCAGUCCUCGCCAAGGUGGCAACUAUAAUCGAGGUGGAGGACGUGGUGGGGGUUUUAGACGUGGUCGCAUGCAGCAAAAUAAUGAGGGCUAUCACGGCAACGAUGGCAGCAACAGCAGCGACUUUGGAUCACUGGGCGGCAGCCAGGACACCUCUAGCUUGGGCAGUCCUCGGCAAGGAGUCGAGUCUCACAUAUCGUCCACUAGCUUCCAAAGUAGUCGCAGUUAUCCGCACUACAACAACAACAACAACCAUCGCUACAACAAUCGCAACAAUGGCAACAACUAUGGACGCGGUGGCUCUCAGCGUCAGCGUAGCAUAAGCAGCGACAGUGCUCGCUAUGCCAACUUUGGUCAGAAUCGCACUCGCGAUCGUCGUGGCCACUACAAUCCCAACGAACGCAACUCACAACAACAAUCGGGUGGAAACAAUCAAUCACUCUCUUCCUACUUGGAUGACAACGAUCGUCCGAAGAUUAUACUCAAUCCACGCACAGUUACCGAGCCCAUUAAUGCCUUGGCCAAUACCAAACAGGCAGCCAGCAUUUUUGGCAAUGCCAAGCCACGUGAGGAUCAGUUUGCCACAUCAGUCACUGCUCAGGACACUUCGCAGGAUACUUCUGCUGGCGGCAGUCAGCACUCAGCGGAUCAAGAUCCAACCUCCACAUAGAAAUUAAAAUCACCUAUGUACAUAAGUUUCUAGCUUAAAAUGCGAAUAUUACUUAAUCACCUUUCAAACAUGAACAAGAACAAAAGCUACUGGAAACUACACCAAACAACUCAGGACAUAAAUGGAACCCAAACUCGUAUCUGUAAAGUAUAUGUUAUUUAUGUACAUACGUAUAUUCUGACACUCUAAGCACACUGACCACAACUUUUUCAAUUGAGGAUUUCGAUAAGGAAAUAAUUUGUUGAAUAAAAUCUAUAUGUAAUU